CAGGUGCCCACUGGGCUGACAGCUCUUCCCAGUGUGGUUUACGACAUCGUCAACUCUGAACUGGGUGCCGAAGCGCUGGCCUAAGCCCACUAACUUGCCCGUGGAGGAGAGGAUGGCUGGAAUAGCUGGAUUCUGAGAAAUCAAAGAUAUCUUCAGUUUGGAGGUGGGGGACCACAGUGUAGAGGCAAAGGUCGGUCGGCUGACCCUUGUUUCCGGCUGAAAUGUUGCUGAAGUGCUGCUGAAGGGCCAGAGAUGCAAGGAUCUGGGACGCAUUUGCACCUUUAAGCUGUCUGGCCCUGACCUCCUUUCAUUAUUAAUAAGGAAGAAGCAGGAGCUUAGGAUGUAUUAGCACCAGCUCAUUGCUGUACUAACCGGACAGUGCUCUGCAAACGCCUCUGCACUCUAAAGAACUCUCGACUGGCGCAGCACACAGUCAUUUCGCACUUUCUCAGCUUAUACUAUGACUCGAUGGAGGGAAAUUUGAUAAGCAUGAGGGAAGACCAUUCUUUUCAUGUUCGCUACAGAAUGGAAGCUUCCUGCCUUGAGCUGGCCUUGGAAGGAGAGCGCCUGUGUAAAUCGGGGGACUGCCGGGCUGGCGUCUCAUUCUUUGAAGCUGCCGUUCAAGUUGGAACUGAAGACCUCAAAACACUCAGUGCUAUUUACAGCCAGCUGGGCAAUGCCUACUUCUACCUACAUGACUAUGCCAAAGCCUUAGAAUACCACCACCACGAUUUGACUCUUGCAAGGACUAUUGGAGAUCAACUCGGGGAGGCCAAAGCCAGUGGCAAUCUUGGAAACACCUUAAAAGUGCUUGGGAACUUUGAUGAAGCGGUAGUGUGUUGCCAGCGACACCUGGAUAUCUCCAGAGAGCUUAAUGACAAGGUGGGAGAAGCGAGAGCACUCUACAAUCUUGGAAAUGUGUAUCAUGCCAAAGGGAAAAGUUUUGGUUGCCCUGGUCCCCAGGAUGUAGGAGAGUUUCCAGAAGAAGUGAGAAAUGCCUUGCAGGCAGCCGUGGAUCUCUAUGAGGAAAACCUGUCGUUGGUAACUGCUCUAGGUGACCGAGCCGCCCAAGGACGAGCCUUUGGGAAUCUUGGCAACACACACUACCUCCUCGGCAACUUCAGGGACGCGGUUAUAGCUCACGAGCAGCGUCUCCUCAUCGCAAAAGAGUUUGGAGAUAAGGCAGCUGAAAGGAGAGCGUACAGCAACCUGGGAAAUGCGUACAUAUUCCUGGGAGAAUUCGAAACCGCUUCCGAAUACUACCGGAAGACGCUGUUGCUGGCUCGGCAGCUUAAAGACAGAGCCGUGGAAGCUCAGUCUUGCUACAGCCUUGGGAACACAUACACUCUGCUUCAGGACUACGAGAAGGCCAUCGAUUACCAUCUGAAGCACUUAGCAAUUGCUCAGGAGCUCAAAGAUAGAAUUGGUGAAGGAAGAGCAUGUUGGAGUUUAGGAAAUGCAUACACAGCUCUAGGAAAUCAUGAUCAAGCAAUGCAUUUUGCCGAAAAGCACUUGGAAAUUUCCAGAGAGGUUGGGGACAAAAGCGGCGAACUGACAGCGCGGCUGAACCUCUCAGACCUGCAGAUGGUUCUUGGUCUGAGCUACAGCACAAAUAACUCCAUGAUGUCUGAAAACAUUGAACUCGACGGCAGCUUACAUGGUACACGCUCCAAGCUGGGACGAAGACACAGUAUGGAAAAUAUGGAACUUAUGAAGUUAACACCAGAAAAGGUACCAAACUGGAACAGCGAGAUUCUCGCUAAACAGAAGCCUCUGAUCGCCAAACCUUCUGCAAAGCUCCUGUUUGUCAACAGACUAAAGGGCAAGAAGUACAAAAGCAGCUCCACCACUAAAGUUCUCCAGGACGCCAGCAACUCUAUGGACCACCGCGGUCCAGACCCUCCGAAGAAAAUCAGUGCAGACACUGUUGGAGAUGAAGGAUUCUUUGACUUACUGAGGCGGUUUCAAAGCAACAGGAUGGACGACCAGAGGUGCUCCUUACAAGAACACUGUCGCACAGCAUCCACGGCAGCUUCCUCUACCACCCCCAAGAUGACGAAAGCGCCGUCGGUCUCUGUGGUGUCCCCCAACACAGACGAGUUUUUAGAUCUUCUUGCCAGCUCACAGAGCCGCCGUCUGGAUGACCAGAGGGCCAGUUUCAGUAAUUUGCCAGGGCUCCGUCUGACAAAAGCCAACAAUCAGUCUGUACUUGAGCGCCUGAUGACAAAUGACAAGAAGGAGCCUGACGAAGACUUCUUCGACAUCCUUGUGAAGUGUCAGGGGUCCAGAUUAGACGAUCAAAGAUGUGCUCCACCACCUGCUGCCACAAAAGGGCCAACCGUCCCCGAUGAAGACUUUUUUAGCCUCAUUUUACGCUCUCAAGCUAAAAGAAUGGAUGAACAAAGAGUUCUUUUGCAGAGAGAUCCAAACAGGGACACUGAGUUUGGACUAAAGGAACUUUUGCAAAAUAAUGCUUUGUUGGAAUUUAGGCAUUCAGGAAAGUAACUAGCAAAGCACUAGACGCUGUGGUAUUUCCUACUAAAGACGACUAGUUCCCUUCGGAAGACUGCAGGGAAACUCAACCUUUUUCCUGAGGAGGCAACUGUACAGCACUGGAGGUACCAUAUCUUUAGGGUAGAAUUGCUGAGGUGCUCAGGAACUGACAUUCUUGUAGACGUUUGUUUCAGGGCACAAUGUCCUGUUGGUGCUCCAGCAAACUUACUUAUUAGAUUCCUUGACUAGCAUUUGUAAACUAGGAAUUUAAAUGAACCUUACAUUAGAAUUCAGUCCUCUUACUGAGGUCAUUUUUUUAAGGAUCUAAUUGACAAUGACUUUUUUACACUUACCCUUGAAUAUAGUGGAUUGCAUUGUUUAUUGAAAAUAAUGUAAAUGUCCUAUGUAAAGAAGAUGAAAAAUAGUCAGAAAGUCAUAAAAUUCUAGUUUCUUUAAGAAAACUAUAUUCAAUAUAUUUUUAGGCAGAGCCAGUGGGGGAAAUAAGAAAUAAACUACUUUUAGCAUGC